AGUCGAUGCAUUUGCCUAUUUUCUUGGUUACUUAUGCUUUAUGUUUCAAGGUCGUAAAUUCAAUCUAUCACUGUGCAACUUCAGCACAGACGGUCACAAAUGUAUCAUGCUGUCCGAAAAACGAGAUGGAGUGGAGAAGGGCUGCAGCUGAAAAAGAGUGCUGGACAAUUGAACACAACUGUACAAAAAGUCUCGAAUACCAUUGUGUACCAACCGAAGAUGUUGGUGUUUUUGUAGAAGUUUGUGCUGCCAUAUUCAGAAAUCUUUAUGGUGUAUGCACGGAAUGGAAUACUUUAGGGGAAAUUAUUCAACCCUCUUGGUUAAGGGAUUGUGCGGCUUCAUUAAAUCCAUGUUCCCCUCCUUACCUGUCUAAUGAAACAUUUGAAUAUUCAAUAUGCUACGAAACAAAUAAUACAUGUACAGAACAAUCUCAAAAGCAGGUAUAUGAUCCUAAGAAUUCAACUGCCACCAUUGCUGGUGUUACGGCUGCAAUGCUUAUGCUUUUCGUAAUAGUAGUUAUCAACUUUAUGUCAUUUUAAGGUAAAAUCGUAAGAAGAAUUCUAUUUAUUGAUGAAAUGUUAAAUAAAAAAAUAU